AUGGUAGAAGAAAACACCCAACUCGCCGGAAAUUCAAAACUCCGGCUACCGACCGACCAAAUUUCUUCGUUAAUCACCCUUUCUCACUCGAUCAGAGUCUUCGCAUCCAGAUGGAAUUUAAUAAGGAACAAGCUAAACGAGAUUCUCCCCAUCCUCGCCGCUCUGCCGCCGGAACUUCAAGAUUCAGUCGACAACCCAACUUUAUCCGGGGUCAUUCAAGCCGUUGAAGAAACAACAGAAUUCACCACCAAUUUGGCUCAGAAAUGUAUCGAUCUUUCCUACAGCGGGAAACUGUUAAUGCAGAGUGAUCUUGAUAUUAUCUGUGUGAAAUUCAACAACCAUAUAAAAUCGUUAUCUGAAUUAUCUCCCACGAAUGGGUUAUCCCCAAUUAACGGAGAUUACGCCUUGGUUGUUUCAAGACCUGAGCGAACAGCUUCGAAAGAUGACAUCAAAUUCUAUGUUAAAGAUUUGCUAUCAAGAUUCAGAAUUGGGAGCAAUGAGAUUAAGAAACGAGCCUUGAUAUGUUUCAAUGAAGUCAUUCACGAAGAUGAGAGGUUUGUGAAGAUAGCAAUGGAUGUUGAAGGGUUUGCUUUUGUUUUAGUUGAGCUUUUGGUUUCAAAAGAAUCGAGAAUCCAAGAGGAAGCAUUGAAAACGUUGGAUAUACUUUGUGGGUUUGAUUCAUAUAAAUGUGUUUUAGUUUCAUUCGGAGUUAUUGCUCCAUUAAUCAGAGUUUUAGAAAGCGGAACCAAUUUGAGCAGAAAACUGUCCACCAGCUGUUUGAUGAAAUGCACAAGUGAAUCUGAUAAUGCUUGGUCAGUCUCCGCUCAUGGUGGGGUGACUUCAUUGUUGAAAAUUUCUGGUAGUGAAUAUGAAAACGAUGGUGAAUUGGUAAGUUUAGCUUGUGGUGUUCUUAAAAAUCUUGUUGGAGUUUCUGAAAUCAAACGUUUUAUGGUUGAAGAAGGUGCAAUCCCAAUGUUUAUCAACCUUGUUAACUCCACAAACGAACUUUCCCAAAUCACUGCUAUUGAUUUCCUCCAAUCAAUCGCCUCAAAGGACGAAUUAGUAACCAAUUUGAUCGUUAAAGAAGGUGGGAUUCAUGUUCUUUCUCAAAUCUUGGAUCCACAAUUAUCAUUUUCAUCAACAACCCGAGAGAUAUCAAUAAUGGCAAUCAUGAAUUUAUGUUCAAAUUCAACAAGAUCACACACUUUAAUAACUUCGGGUUUCUUGGAUCACAUACUCUAUUUUCUUAACAAUAGCGACACUUCCGUUCAAGAAUCGUCACUAAAAGCCGCGUUUUGGUUAAGUGGGAUUUCGGAUGAUUUCAAGAAAGCAAUGGGAGAUAAAGAAUUCAUGCAAGAACUUGUGAAAUUGAUUGGUGCAAAGUCGUUUGAGGUUCGAGAAAUGGCAUCCGAGACAUUAUCAAAUUUGGUUUCGAUCCCGAAAAAUCGAAAAAAAUUUGUGGAAAAUGAUCAAAAUGUGGGAUUGAUUAUGCAAUCGGUUGAUCAAGAAGAUGGGAGUUCAAGUAAUCGAAAGCUUUUGCUUCCGAUAAUCAUGUCUUUAUCGGGUUGUAAUAGUGGUCGAAAGAAAAUUUUGAGUUCAGGGUAUUUGAAAAAUAUCGAGAAAUUAGCGGAUGAACAAGUUUCGGAUGCGAGAAAAAUCGUUAGAAACUUGACAUCGAAUAGAUUUGUUCGUAUGAUUAGAGGGUUUUGGAGAUGA